AGAGUGCCACGCUGUCCCUAGAGUUUUGGCCUGUGUUCGUGCAGUCCAGGGGGCUGGAUGGCAUGCUGGACCCAAGCUCACCUCAGUGUCUGGGCCCAAUAAAGGCUUUGCCAAGGACGCAGCUUUCUAUCCUGGCCACUGUAAGGUGCAUAGCGUAAUGUCCAUGUUGUUCUACACUCUGAUCACAGCGUUUUUGAUCGGCGUACAGGCAGAACCAUACACACAUAGCAAUGUCCCAGAAGGAGACUCUGUCCCCGAAGCCCACUGGACUAAACUUCAGCAUUCCCUUGACACAGCCCUCCGCAGAGCCCGUAGUGCCCCUGCUGCACCAAUAGCUGCCCGCGUGACAGGGCAGACUCGCAACAUCACUGUGGACCCCAGACUGUUUAAGAAACGGAGACUCCGCUCACCCCGUGUGCUGUUCAGCACCCAGCCCCCACCCACCUCUUCGGACACUCUGGAUCUGGACUUCCAGGCCCAUGGUUCAAUCUCCUUCAACAGGACUCACAGGAGCAAGCGCUCAUCCACCCACCCAGUCUUCCACAUGGGGGAGUUCUCGGUGUGUGACAGUGUCAGUGUGUGGGUUGGAGAUAAGACCACAGCCACGGACAUCAAGGGCAAGGAGGUGACAGUGCUGGGCGAGGUGAACAUUAACAACAGUGUAUUCAAACAGUAUUUCUUUGAGACCAAGUGCCGAGCCCCCAAUCCUGUUGAGAGUGGAUGCCGGGGCAUUGACUCCAAGCACUGGAACUCAUACUGCACCACGACGCACACCUUUGUCAAGGCGUUGACAACAGAUGACAAGCAGGCUGCCUGGAGGUUCAUCCGGAUAGACACAGCCUGUGUGUGUGUGCUCAGCAGGAAGACUGCAAGAAGAGGCUGACUUGCCUGCAGCCCCCUUCCCCACCUGCCCCCUCCACACUCUCCUGGGCCCCUCCCUACCUCAGCCUGUAAAUUAUUUUAAAUUAUAAGGACUGCAUGAUAAUUUAUCGUUUAUACAAUUUUAAAGUCAUUAUUUAUUAAAUUUUCAAAGCAUCCUGUGUA